UGCGUACUAGGCCCAUGUCAGUUGGCAACUUGUUUUGCGUCAACAGGCCUUAAUGAAAGCGUAUAAGCGAAAGACAAAGCAAUAGCAAAAUCACAGGUAAUAAUCAAGGAUGCCCCAGCAGCGGCGCAAGUUGCCUUUUAGCGGCAAGAAGAAGAAAGACCAAUUGCUCCAAAAACGCAGCACAAAAGCAGGGCCAGCAAAAUAUUUGAGCAGCACGCAUGAAUCGUACGAAGACAGCGAUGUACCGGAGACAUCAGCGGCACGCAAGCUUAUGGAGCAGCCGCUGACACGUGCUGGACGCAAUAAGAACGUGAACCGCUACAAUUUGCAAUUCUAUCAGGAGAGUAAAAAGGAGCUGGAGCUUAUGAAGCAGGAGGGCUUCAAGCCGCUGAAUGUGCUGACAGCACAGGAGUGUGAAAUUGAUGAGCGCUACUUUGAGAAUUGUGAUUUUCCCGUAAGGCCACCAUGGAGCCUAGAAACCAGCCGCGAGCAGUUGGACCGCAGUGAGAAUCGUUAUUUUAAGGAAUAUGUUGAUGAGCUGCUGCAACGGAAGCAGCGCGAUGAAAGCCAUGCUGAGCUGUCGCUGUUUGAGCUUAAUCUGGAGACCUGGCGUCAGCUUUGGCGUGUGCUUGAAUUCUCUGACAUCUUGCUCAUCAUUGUCGAUGUACGAUAUGCUACACUUAUGUUUCCACCCUCACUCUACGACUACAUUAUAAACAAACUCAAGAAGCAUGCAAUUGUCAUAUUCAACAAAGUGGAUUUGGUCACGCCCGAGGCAGUCAUUGCUUGGCGCCACUACUUCAAAGAGCGCUACCCCCAGCUGCCCAUUGUGCUUUUUGCCUCGUUUACGCCACGCAGCCGUAAUGGACGUGCUGCCUUGGCGCAUCGUCGCAGCAUGGAAGGUGUUUAUAAUAUAUUUCAAGAAUGCCAGCGCUACGUGCAGGGUGAAGUGGAUCUGGCCGAAUGGGAGCAGAAGAUUCGCGAAGAUAUGCGCAGCGAGCAGCUUGAGUUGCUGCACAAUGCGGCGUCACACGAGGAUGCAUUGACAACACAAAUCGAAGGCGAGCUUAAGAUCAGCAGCAACAUAGACACCACACCACAUCAGCAUGUAAAAUACUACAACGGCGUGCUCACUAUGGGUUGCAUUGGCUUUCCCAAUGUCGGCAAAUCCUCGCUGAUAAAUGCGUUAAAGGGACGUAAAGUGGUUAGCGUUAGUCGCACGCCAGGACAUACUAAGCAUUUCCAAACCAUUUUUCUUACGCCUCAUGUACGCCUCUGCGACUGUCCAGGCUUGGUCUUUCCGUCCACCACACCAAAGUCACUGCAGGUGCUGCUGGGAAGCUUUCCCAUUUCACAGCUACAAGUGCCUUAUCGCUCGCUUAAACUCAUGUCCGAGCACUUGAAUCUGCCGCAGCUGCUGCGUUUGCAGCUGCCAGAGGACUAUGAUGCGUGGUCAGCUGUGGCUAUCAGCGAUGCGUGGGCCUAUAAACGCGGUUUCCUUACAGCCAAAGCUGCGCGUCCGGAUCGCUAUCGUGCUGCCAAUCACUUAUUACGCAUGUGCCUGGCUGGCCAACAUCAGCUUGUGCUGCAAUUCUAUCCACCAGGGUUUGCAGAGCUAAGCGACAAGUGGUGUCAGCAUCCCGACCUGGCCGAGGUAAAAAAGUAUCAGCAAGUGGAAGAGCAGCAGCAUGAUGACUCGUCUCCAUCGGAUACCGCCGAUGAUAGUGAAAACGAGGACGAGGAUAGUUCCAAUGAUGAAACCAACGCCGACGAUGAUGAGCAAGUGUCGCAACCAGCCCGUGGUCGGAACGUAUUCGCUCUGCUUGAGGAUAAUUAACUUGUAGAGCGAUUAACAACAGUUUUUGUUGCCGUUGUUGACUAGAGACAAAUUUAUUAAAUUACAACACUGAUCGAGAUGAAUUAUAAC